AUGACUGAUUAUUGGAGUUGGAAAGUGACCGAUCUGAAAGCGGAGCUGAAGCGGCGCGGUAUUCCGCAGACUGGUCUGAGAGUCAAACAAAAUUUUAUCGACAGGCUUCUGGAAGAAGAUGGCAAGCAAGAUGUUGAAGCUCCGAAUGGCGAAUCGCCAAUUUCUCAAGAUGCGCCUGGAAAUAUCGAGCAGGCAAAACCUGAACAGCCCGUGCAAGGACCCGACGCCGUCGAUUCUAAACCGGAAGAGCCCAAGCCGCAGGUGACAGCUCCGGAGUCUGAAGAGCCCAAAGAGAACAAUGAAGUGAAGCGAUCGCCUGAACAGCCUGCGCAAGAAUUCGAGGCCGUCGUUUCUCAAUCGGAAGAGCCAAAGCCGCAGGCGACAGCGCCGGAGUCCGAAGAGCCCAAAGAGGACAGAGAAGUGAAGCGAUCGCCUGAACAAGGACAGGAAGUGCAGCAGCCGGAUGUACAAAACGAGCAACCUAAGCCCGAGCCUCCAGUGGAGGGACCGACGACUGAUACAAAAGCGGAGGUACAAGCGGAGGAGUCAUUACAGCAGACACAACCUGAAAUUUCUAGCGAGGAAUCUAAAGUCAAUCAGGCUGCAGAUGCCGGAGCUGGCGGUGAAAGCAGUGCGCCUUCACUUGCGCCACCACAGCUAGAAGCUGAGCACCCUGCCAAACCGGUCGAGCAGGCUCCCGGAAGCGCAGAACCGGUGCAGCCUGCUCCUGCAGGACUGGACUCUAAAGAACUUCCGGAUUCUGCUGAGAAGACUGCGACCCAGGUAUCUGCGGCGACUACCGGGCUGUCAACGCCCCUCCCCGUGGAGGAGAUGAUCGAAGACAUCCGGAAGCGGAAGCGCCGCAGUCAAACUCCGAUUCCAACACCGGAGGCGGUUGCAAGCAAAAGGGCCAAGGCACAGGAGGAUUCGCCUCGAGUUCUACUGCCUGAAGACCGGGAUGUUAUGGAUGUGGAAGAGAGUCCUGGAAAGAAGGCCGCCACCGCCUCUGAAGAGAACGAGCAAGCCCGUAACCAAAAUGGAGAUGCACGAAAUGCUCCGAAUACUGAUGCGACUCGCCGUGUAUCAAUAAGUGAUGAUGUGCGGACGAAGGGAACUGCGCCUAUCAAGCAAGAUGCUCGUUUCAGAGACCUUUUUGCACCUGCAGACAGAGAGCAGAUUCGCCCCCCAUCACCGCCGGCAGAUACAGUAAUGGAAGAUGCCGAGGUCGAGCCCGCGCUACAUGUCGCGACCGAAGCGCUGUAUAUCGAUGGACUGAUGCGCCCUCUCCAACCUACUGCACUUAGAAACCAUCUUGUCAGCAUCGCAACAGCCCCUGGCUCAUCACCGGAUCCUGACGUGAUCGUUGACUUUUAUUUGGAUCCCAUCAAAACGCACUGUUUUGUAAAGUUCGCGAAUAUAUCGGCUGCCUCGAGAGCGCGAACAGCCUUGCACGGUGUUGUCUGGCCCAAUGAAAGCAACAGAAAAUCUUUGUUUGUCGAUUUCAUUCCCGAGCAAAAGCUGCAGCAAUGGGUCGCAAGGGAGGAAGGAUCGCGCGGGCGCGGUGGUCCCCCGCCUCGUUGGGAAGUCCGGUAUGAUCGGACCGACGAUGGUGUCGAGGCUGUUCUACAGGAAGUGGAUGCCAAGGGUGUCGCUUCGCGUCAGGCUCCCGGUCGAGCCUCGACUGAUUUCUCUCGUCCCCCUCCCUUGGGCCCCAGAGCAAGCAUGGGUAAUAAGGACAGACGGCCUAGCGGCCCUCCACCCCCAGAGCCUCGUCCUAGACCUGGGCAAGGAUUCAAGCCGCUGGAUGACCUCUUUGAAUCUACUACAACUAAGCCAAAGCUCUACUACCUCCGUGUCCCGCGCGAAGUGGCCGACCGACGUCUGGAUCGGUUUGAUGACAUGCUGCGGAAGGGAUCAUUCCCGCGGCGUGGCGGCGACGAGAAUAGGCGAAUCACUUUUGAAGACGGUGACUUCUUCGUUGACAACGGACCGGAGUAUGGUGGCCGUGGCAACGGACGGCGCCGUGGCCGGGGUCGUGGAGGCGGCAUGGGCGACUCGUGGAGAGAUGACCGACGAGGCCGGGACUAA